CGUUUCGUUAUCGCCGAUCCACUUUCCACCCUCAUCGACUCUCGCAUCGUCCACGAGCCAUGGCGUCCGAGGAACAGAUCGAGCUCAACGCGCCGCACUCCCCGACGGAAAAGGCUUUCGAGGCCUUCGAGAUCGUAGAGCAUAAGAUCAAGUCCGAAAUCAUAAAGUCUCGUCAUGACUGGAACAAGCACGAGCCUCGCAUGUGGUCGCGCGCUCAUGGCGUGUCCGACGAAGACCUCGUCGCGUUCAAGAUUCGCCAGGAUCUUGUCGAGAUCCGCAGUGCGCCUACAUCCUACGGGACGAUCAUCCUCGGGAAGAUCAGACUUCCCGGCGUGCGCGAUGCGGAAGGAGAGGGUUACAUUCAUGUCCGCAUCCACGAUCCUCCCAACCGAGGUGUCGAGGACGUGCUGUUCCACUCGCUCUGGACAGACGAAGGCAACCGCAACGCUGAUGGCCAUCCAACCACUUGGCGUGCCAUCCAGAACCUCGACACGCCGCUCGAGUUCUUCAACGAGUAGAUAUCCCAUCGUUCGACGAUCAGCUAUGUAGGAUAUCCCAAGAGAAGUCUAUCUGUAUGUGUCCUGAAUAUAAAUAUUAUAUACCCAUCCUGGCAGCAUGGAGCUCCCUAUCUGGUUUUCCUGGCGUUGUUCACCAGUUUUCGAUGCUGUGCAAAUGUCUCUGCAUGACCGCGGCUAAAAGGGAGGCAAUCACUCACCCCCGUACCUCUUCGCUUCCGGAGAGAAGGCUUAUGCACUCUUGUCGAUCAACACUACGCUUCAGCGAGGGGCCGCAACCUAGAGGCUGUGCAAACACUCCGUAACAAGGAGUGAACCCAGAGCGGGUCCGAUUGUGAUGUACAAGAUUUCUAUGAUCCUCCGUUAGGCUGGCCAAUGCUUAUGCACCAUGUAUCAUCUAUCCCGGGGCGCCGUUUUCUAAUCUAUAUAGGUUUGUUUUUGCACGAAGCAUUGCUCAGAUGUUCGAGGGCGUUAUUACUGCUUCUAAUGGCCCGCCUUGCGUCUCAGGGCUGUAACGCAGAUCAAAUGUUGCCUGCGGGCAUGACCCAACUAGACUUCUCCCGGCUCCAUCCACCUCUUGAAGAUGUAUGAGGAAUCUGGUUAUCAAGAUGGCAGUGAUGGGGUUGGUGAACAUAGUGAUUCCGCUGACGUUGUAUCCAGGCCAGUCGCUCAGUAACGAAAACAGGGUGAACAGCAUGUGCGCCACGUCCAGAGGGACCAUUACGAUGAAGUAAAUCAUCCCAUGCUGCAGCAAAAUAUCUGCAUAAGAUAUUCUCCCACGGUCCUGAACGGCCUGGCGAAAGAGCCUGCGCUGUUCGUACAUUGCAUGCCAGGUCAUGCACACGACAAUGAUGUUAGCAGCGAUGAGGGCUACCCUGGAUGCUAUGACGCCGCUACAGAGCAUCAGCAAUGAACGCAGAAGUGCAUGCAGACCGAGCACGCUGGCAACUUACUUGUUCAGAAACUCUGUCGAGGGUCCACCUGGGACGACGUAUGCGUAGAUGUUGAUGGCCAACGUCACCAUGUAAAGGCCAAAGACCGAUGCUGCCGCCACCCACUUCUGUACCAAGCCGCUGCACAUCACAGAGGCUCGUAUUCC